CCGGCCAUGGCGGGAACGCGCGCGCCCUGCUGAUUAACAACACAACACCGGGGGCAAACUGCGGUGCGAAAAACCAACUAGUUCUGUCGGGAUGUUACAUUUUAAACAUGUUUGAAGCCCCGAGGAAAUCGACUAAUGCCCUCCAGCCAUGUUCGGAGAGCCGAGAGGAGUCAAAGGAGAAGAAGCAACCGGUGUCCGAGUCUCCUCCGCUUACAGAAAACCGUGUCAAGGCGAAGAAGAAAAGGAGGAAACGGCAACAAGAGCAAGAAGCGCAAGAAAGUGAGAAACGCUCCGAUUCUGCGCCUCAGCUCCUCUGCCCCGAGGACACACUUUCAGUUCGCGGAGGAAACGAAAAGUCCGGUAACGUGGGCGACCCGAUCGUUAGAGGAAUCUUUCAAAUCGGGAAGAAGAGCCACGAUGUGAUUCUCACUGCCACGCGAGUCACGUGGACGCGCAUCCAGCCCGAAAGCCCUACAGGCGAGUCCUCACAGAAGAAGCCUGUAGAGGACUUCGUGGAGCUAAAGGACGUGUUUGCGGUGAAGGUGAAGCGUCGACGUUCGGCCGGUCAGCAGAGCGGCGGCACGCUGCUAGGCAUCACGUUGUUCUUCUGCAAACGCAAAGGAGCUAAACUCAAAGAUGACACCAUCCACCUGGACAACCUGAGCGUGGAUCACUGCGAAAUCUGGUUCAGACAUCUCAAAGACAUCCUCAACGGUUUUAAGCGCCGUCCCAAGUCACUGAAGGUGUUUGUGAACCCGAUAAGCCACAAGAAGGAUGCGUACCAAAUCUACCAGGACCGGGUAGCUCCACUGUUCAAGCUCGCUGAUAUACAGACUGAUGUCACUGUCACUGAGCAUAAAGGCCACGCUCUCUCCAUCCUGAAGGAGUGCAGCCUGGAUGAGUAUGAUGGGGUGGUGUGUGUAGGUGGUGACGGCUCUGUAGCUGAAGUUGCUCAGGGUUUGUUGCUCCGAGCGCAGAUGGAUGCUGAGAGGGACACACACUCUGCCUUCACGCCCGUCCCAGCACCACUUCCUCUAGGUGUGAUACCAGCAGGUUCAACCAAUGUUGUUGUGUGCUCUGUCCACGGUGUGAAACAUCCUGUAACUGCAGCACUGCACAUCAUCCUGGGUCACAGACAGCCAGUCGAUGUGUGCAGUGUGAGCUCGAUGGGUGGGCUUCUGCAGUUCGGCUUCUGUGUGAUGGUGGGUUUUGGUGCUCAAGUGCUAGCUGUGGCAGAAAGAUUGAACUGGAUCCCGCCCACACAGAGACUCGAACUCGCCUUCAUCACUGCACUCGCUCAGCUCAGACCUGAAGACUGUGAGUUGUCCUUUAUACCUAGCAGCACUGGCGAAUCAGAUCACACCCAGAGUGAGCCGGAGGAGGACCUGAGUGAUGUUGAAGAUGCUGAAUGGCAGGUCUGCAGAGGUCUCUAUCUCAGCGUGACCAUUAUGUCCAUCCCAUGCUUGUGCUCUGUGGCUCCUAAAGGCCUCGCUCCGUUCACCAGGCUGAACAACAACAGCAUGGCACUCACAGCUGUAGCAAACACUUCCAGGUCAGAGUUCAUCAAGCACCUGAAACGCUACAGCAGCUCUAACAAUCCGUUCAGUUUCUCGUUUGUGGAGGUGCAGCGUGUGCGGGCGGUGAAGCUGCAGCCGUGCUCUCACCGUGAUGACGAGCAGCACGACGCCAAACACACUCCCAUCAUCCCCUCUGAGAGAACUCUAACCUGGAACAUCGACGGAGAGCUGCUGGAGGUGCAGGGGGAAGUGCUUAUCCGGGUUCAUCCUGAACUCCUCACGCUGUUCGGCACAGACAUCGAGGAAGCCGAGGAGCCGCCUGUUAACUGCAGCUGCAUUUAAUCAUCUACAUUGUGUUCCCAUCACAGAGUAGCUCCCUGGGUAGGCUGCAUUUUUAGAAUGAGGAGGAGAAAGGGAAUUGCAGUCAUUCAUUCAUGUUUGCAGGAGUCAUUUAAAAUAAACUAGCUAUAUUGAUAAUCACCAAGUUUAACUUGCUAGUUAGACUUAGCCAGCUGUUAUUCAGUGAACGGUAGUGUAGCUGUUCGCUAGUUUAGUUAAUCUGUCCUCAGGUAAGCCGACAAACUAGUGAGUGAUAGUGCAUGAACAAAUGUCAUGUUAUAAACUUCCUUUCGAAAAAAGCGCUGAACAAAGAGACACAGACGUCGUUGAAGACGGCGUAGACAGACCGACUCGAGCUCUUCAGUAAAUAGAAAAGUCAUUUAGUUGAAAACACACACAUUAUACACAGUACAGUCCAGUGCAUCAGUACUUAAAUAAUAGCAGAGGACAUGCAGGGACAAAUGCCUCUUUACACACACACACACACUCUUUUAGAAUUUUACACACAAAUCUGCUGCUCUGAAAAUAAAAAAGUUACACAAUUCUAUUCAUUCAUUUAAUAAACACAGUGAUUUGAAACAGAAAUGGAAUGUGCUUUUGCGUGUGACUCCCUGAAACACACACACACACACACACACACACACACACACACACACACACACAGUGGUCACUCAUUGGGUAAAAUUUGACACACAGUAGUGUGUAAUCUCUCUCUCUCUCUCUCUCUCUCGGUGGCCGUGUGCCAGACACGCAUCAGUCUUAACAUUCGUCUCCAGCACUGUUUCAGUGGCUGUGAGCCAACACACACACACACACACUCCUUCCAUCUGGUGUCUCCACACUGUCUCCAUCCUAACUCUUAACCAUUCCACCCAACAGCAGGAGACAGAAAUGGAUGGAGGGAGGGAGGGGGAGAGAGAGAGAGAGAGAGAGAGAGAGAGAGAGAGAGAGAGAGAGAGAGAGAGAGAGAGAGAGAGAGAGAGAGAGAGA